CGAACAGAGAAAUCAUGAGCGGUAGAGGCAAAACCGGUGGAAAGGCCAGAGCCAAGGCCAAGACUCGUUCAUCCAGGGCUGGACUUCAGUUCCCCGUUGGCCGUGUGCACAGGCUGCUGCGUAAGGGCAACUAUGCCCAGCGUGUCGGCGCUGGUGCACCUGUAUACUUGGCCGCUGUUCUAGAGUACCUGACAGCUGAGAUCCUGGAGUUGGCAGGUAACGCUGCCCGUGACAACAAGAAGACGCGUAUCAUUCCCCGCCAUCUGCAACUGGCUGUGCGUAACGACGAGGAGUUGAACAAGCUGCUCGGUGGAGUGACCAUCGCUCAGGGUGGUGUGUUGCCUAACAUCCAGGCCGUGCUGCUGCCCAAGAAGACUGAGAAGUCCAAGUAAACCUGCUCCCUCCGACUAAAAAGACAAAGGCUCUUUUAAGAGCCACCCAAAUACUUUUAAAAGUGAUUUCUCAAGUUGACUAAUCUAAAAUGUCAAAAUAUUAGAAAUACGAGUCCUUUCAGUCAAGAUUAAUAACUGGCCACUCAAGACAAUUCUUAAUAAUCAAAACAUCUAUAACAUGAAUUUGUCAUCAAAUCAAAAUUAUGGUCAUUGUACGGGAUACACAACGAAAGCGUUUCCAAAGGUGCAUUCAAUAAAUUAAUUUAA